CGGAGGACGCGGCAGCGGAGUUAGGGCGCCCGGUGCGAGCGAGUCUGUGGCCCGGGCCAUUUUCCGGCCCUCUUCCGCGCCUCUUGCGCGACGCUCCCCGCCCCCACUGCUGACCCUGGGGGAGGCAGAGACCUGCGGCCUGAGCCGUCCUCGCGGCCCGGGUCCAUCCCGGGACCGGGCUGAGUACGCCGGGCUCCUAGAGCCGGCUCCUGGUGGGAUGGACACCUCAGAGUGGGCCAUGUGGGUCAACAGGAGCACACCGGUGCCCCCGCCCCAGGCACCGAACAUCAGCGUGCCUCACCGCUGUCUGCUGCUGCUGUAUGAGGACAUCGGUGCCUCCAGGGUCCGGUACUGGGACCUCAUGCUGCUCAUCCCCAACGUGCUCUUCUUUGUUUUCCUGCUGUGGAAGCUCCCAUUUGCUCGAGCCAAGAUCCGCCUCACCUCCAGUCCCAUUUUCAUCACUUUCUACAUCCUGGUGUUCGUGGUGGCCCUGGUGGGCAUUGCCCGGGCUGUGGUUUCCAUGACAGUCAGCACCUCCAGUGCUGCAACAGUGGCCGACAAGAUCCUGUGGGAGAUUACCCGCUUCUUCCUGCUGGCCAUCGAGCUGAGCGUGGUCAUCCUGGGCCUGGCCUUCGGUCACCUGGAGAGCAAGUCAAGCAUCAAGCGGGUGUUGGCCAUCACCACCGUCCUGUCCCUGGCCUACUCAGUCACCCAGGGCACCUUGGAGAUCCUGUACCCUGAUGCCCAUCUGUCUGCAAAGGACUUCAACAUCUACGGGCAUGGAGGCCGCCACUUCUGGCUGAUCAGCUCCUGUUUCUUCUUCUUAGUCUACUCGUUGGUGGUGGUCCUGCCCAAGACUCCAUUGAAGGAGCGCAUCUCUCUGCCCUCACGAAGAAGCUUCUACGUGUACGCGGGCAUCCUGGCACUGCUCAACCUGGUGCAGGGGCUGGGCAGCGCACUGCUGUGCGCCGACAUUAUCGAGGGGCUCUGCUGCGUGGACGCCACCACCUUCCUCUACUUCAGCUUCUUCGCUCCGCUUAUCUACGUGGCCUUUCUGCGGAGCUUCUUCGGCUCGGAGCCCAAGAUCCUCUUCUCCUACAAAUGCCAAGUGGAUGAGACAGAGGAGCCGGACAUGCACCUGCCUCAGCCCUAUGCUGUGGUCCGACGGGAAGGCGUGGAGGCUGCUGGGGCUGCGAGCACACAGUUUGACUCUGCAGGGGUAGCCUACCUGGAUGAUGUGGCUUCCAUGCCGUGCCACACUGGCAGUAUCAACAGCACGGACAGCGAGCGCUGGAAGGCCAUCAAUGCCUGAAGGGCUGUGGCUCAUCCUGGGGACCUAGGAGAGACUUGGGGAAGUCAAGGCCAAGUGAGGGACAUGGGUGGGGGGUCCCUGCAUCCUGAGUCUGCAGGCCACUUCCUGUUGUUCCCCUGUGUUCCAGCUAGACUCCUUUCUUUGCCACCUGGCCUUACCCUGCUCAGUACCAGGCCCAGAUGCCAUCUCCCAGGGCAUAGCCUGGCACCUAGGAUGGCUCUGCUGGACCUCAGAGUAUGGUAGCCUCAGAGCCUGCUGUGGGGCUGGGCUGCAAUGUGUAUAUUUUCAUGUUUUAUUUUUUAAUAAAAAGGAAAAAGUA